CCCGGCUUCCGGCGCGGCUCCCGGGCGCUGUGGGCGCGCUCAGUCAUGGACCGCAACCCCUCGCCGCCGCCGCCCAGUCGGGACGAGAAGGAGCACGAGGAGACUGCUGGAGSAGACUGCAUUGGGAGCACGGUCUACAGCAAACACUGGCUGUUUGGCGUCCUCAGCGGGCUCAUCCAGAUUGUUAGACCUCAAAACACCAAAUCUGGCUCAGAUGAUGAGGAGCAGCAGAUGGAGCUUGAUGAAGAAAUGGAGAAUGAAAUUUGCAGAGUAUGGGAUAUGUCAAUGGAUGAGGAUGUGGCUUUAUUUCUCCAAGAAUUUAAGGCUCCUGACAUAUUUAUGGGAGUACUGGCCAGAUCCAAGUGUCCUCGAUUAAGAGAAAUCUGUGUGGGGAUUUUAGGUAAUAUGGCCUGUUUCCAAGAGAUAUGUGUGUCCAUCAGCAGUGAUAAAAAUCUUGGGCAAGUGUUAUUGCACUGUUUGUAUGAUUCAGACCCGCCUACUCUGCUGGAAACAAGCAGGUUGUUGCUUACUUGCCUUUCCCAGACAGAAGUGGCCAGUGUCUGGGUUGAAAGGAUACGAGAACAACCAGCUAUUUAUGAUAGCAUUUGUUUCAUCAUGUCAAGCUCAACAAAUGUUGACUUGCUGGUGAAAGUGGGGGAGGUUGUGGACAAGCUCUUUGAUUUGGAUGAGAAACUAAUGUUGGAAUGGAUUAGAAAUGGGGUUGCUCAGCCUUUGGGCCAACCCCAGGAAGAUUCUGAAGAGCAGCCAGUAUUUAGGAUUGUGCCCUGUGUACUUGAAGCUGCCAAACAAUUACGUUCUGAAAACCCAGAAGGGCUUGAUGUUUACAUGCAUAUCUUACAGUUGCUUACCACAGUGGAUGAUGGAAUUCAAGCAAUUGUACAGUGUCCUGAUACUGGAAAAGACACUUGGACUUUACUUUUUGACCUGGUCUGCCAUGAAUUCUGCCAGUCUGAUGACCCACCCAUCAUACUGCAAGAACAGAAAACAGUGCUAGCCUCUAUUUUUUCAGUGUUGUCUGCCAUCUAUGCUUCACAGGCUGACCAAGAACAUCUAAAGACAGAAAAAGUAGAUCUUCCUCUGAUUGACAGUCUAAUUCGGGUGUUACAAAAUGUGGAAGAUUGUCAGAAGAAACUAGAGAACUCUGCAGAGUCUAACCAAGAAGAAAAUAAAAAGUCUGAUCCAACCCAAGAUGAUUUCCACUUGAAAAUCUUAAAGGAUAUUUCAUGUGAAUUUCUUUCUAAUAUUUUUCAGGCAUUAACAAAGGAGACUGUGGCUCAGGGGCUAAAGGAGGGCCAGUUAAGCAAACAGAAAUGUUCCUCUGCAUUUCAAAACCUCCUUCCUUUUUAUAGUCCUGUGGUGGAGGACUUCAUUAAAAUCUUACAUGAAGUCGAUAAUGUCCUUGCUGAUGACCUGCAGGAAAGCUUCCCAACUUUGAAGGAUCAGGCUUGAAAAAUGAGUUGGAAUUYCUUCUGUCCAAGAAAUAAACUUGAUUUUUUAAAUAGUUGAAAUUGACAUAAAGGAAAUAUUAGAUAAAACUGAUACUAGACACAAUUGCCUAGUGUUGUGCCCUUCUUCCUCUCUAGACUUACCUCAAUUAUUUGGCAUUAAAAUCUGAACUUCACCUCCCUCUAUUUUUAAUAUUGCUUAUGAGUUAUUUAUCUUUAGUUGAAGAGAACAAAAAUACAAACUUACUAUUGAGGUUCUUUUGAGAAUAUUUGAGGGGUUGGUAAGAAUUUUCUUUUACUUUGGACCUGACCUAUUUUCUUUAUUACUUCUUUCUAUUAUAACAUUAUAGGCUGCUACAUACUUUUGUAGUAUUUUGAUACAUUUGAAUAUUUCUUAAAUCUGUAAAUUAUAAUAAAUAGUUCAGUAUAAACUUUUAAAAUGUUACAUGAUCUGAAGAGUUCACUACAAUGUUCUAUAUUUGAUUCAGUUGCAGUGGUAUUUUGAAUGAUGCUUCUCCAGAACAUAAAUAUGAUAUUUGAAAGUACAUGUACAAAUAAAAUUGAAACUCACUCUUUCCCUACACUUUUUUGUAGGAGGAGAGGGAAAAAAUUGAGAGGAACUUGAGUUAGCCUAUAUUAUAUGUGGUGUCAUUGUUUCUAAUUAAAUUUGAAUUAGAUUUUCAAAGUAUUUAAAUCAUUUUUUAAAAAAGACAUAUUCUCCAGGGC